AUGACUCCUAUAACGGAUGAAAAAUCUCCUGAUCAUAGCGACAGGCAAGAUCAGACAGCGACUCCAGACCAUAAUAGUGACGAAGUAGACAAGUCUAGGGAUUCUUCGAUCUCACAGGCCGUACCUAAGCUUCUAACGGGAUUCAGCUUGUACUGCAUCCUAGUUGCACUUAUUCUGACUAUUUUCCUCGGUUCUCUCGACAUGACAAUUGUUGCAACAGCUAUUCCUAAAAUCACAGACGAUUUUAAAAGUCUAGAUCAGGCCUCGUGGUAUGGCUCGGCUUUCUUCAUGGCUAAUGGCGGCUUCCAGUCGUCAUGGGGCAAAGCAUACAAGUACUUCUCGCUCAAGGCCACUUUUCUCAUCGCCCUGUUUAUCUUCGAGCUAGGCAGCCUUAUAUGCGCGGUCGCGCCUGAUUCAAACACCCUCAUUUUCGGUAGAGCCAUCAAUGGGCUGGGUGGUGCAGGAAUUGGUACUGGCACCUACACGAUAGUCGCGGUUAUCUCGUCGCCCGCCAAGAGGCCCACCUAUACAGGCAUCAUCGGCAUGUCCUACGGCAUUGCUGCCGUGGCUGGUCCGCUAAUCGGCGGCGUCUUCUCUGAUAAGGUCACUUGGCGCUGGUGCUUCUACAUCAACCUACCUUUGGGCGGAGUGGCUGCUGCAAUUAUAGUAUUCUUUUUCCGCCCAAAGGGAGUCGAGCCGGCGCCUGUCACACUGACCGAGAAGAUUCUGCAGCUUGACCUGCCAGGUGUCGCUGUUCUCAUAGGAGCCAUCACCUCGUGCCUACUGGCUCUUGAAUAUAGUGGGCAGUCUAAAUCAUGGGGAAGUUCUACUGUUAUCGGGCUACUUGUCGGGGUUGUCUUGAUUACAGCACUCUUUUUCGUGUGGGAGCAUUACCAAGGAGAACGCGCCAUGGUUGUCUCUCGUAUCAUCACAAAACGACCUGUCGGCGUUAGUGCCAUUUUCACCUUUUUCUUUGGAGGUUCAUAUUUCCUGACUAUCUAUUACUUGCCCAUGUACUUCCAAGGCGUCAAGGGAGCCAGUCCCUCGAUGUCUGGUGUCAUGAGCCUUCCACUUAUUCUUUCUGUGACUAUCGCUAUGAUGUUAUCUGGGCUGUUCAUCACCGCAACCGGGCGCGCUGCUCUAUCGGCUACAACUGGGGCCAUUAUAGGCACUAUUGGCGCCGGACUGUUAUACACUCUUGCAACCAAGUCAAGCGCCGGAGAAUGGAUCGGAUAUCAAAUUGUUGCUGGUCUGGGCUGGGGCGUGGCUCUUCAGGUGCCAAUCAUGAUGGUACAGGCCAGCGUAGCUCCCGAGGACCUAGCGUCUACUACUUCAGUCAUUUUACUAUGUCAGUGCCUGGGCGGCUGUCUCUAUGUAGGAGCGGCGCAGACAGCCUUCUUGAACACCAUGAUCCACAAACUGUCGAUUCUUGCGCCGGACAUAAACCUGACUAAGGUCAUUGCUACAGGCUAUACUGCGAUCCGUGAUGUAUAUUCCUCAGCAGAGCUACCAAGUAUAAUUGCCUCGUAUAUGGCAGGAAUCAAGGUCUCUUUAGCGCUCUCUAUCGCUGGAUGCGGGCUCGCAUCUCUUGUCAGCGUUUUUAAUGACAGGAGAGUGUUAAGUAAGGAUGCCAUAAAGGAGGUUUCUGCAGUUGCUUAA